UCCUGUUCUCGUUUAAACCGAGGAACGCUGAUGACCUGCCUUGAACAGACAGACCGCUGUGGUGGUGGAAGCGUGGUGGUGUGGGCUGGUAUCAGGUAUCAGUGGGAGGACACUGCCCCAUAUCUGUCGUGGUACGGUCAACGCCGUGUACUACAGGGAUCACAUUCUAAGAUAUCACUUCGUCCCACUCUUUCCUCAACAUCACGAUCUGCCGACGUUCCAGCAGGAUAACGCGCGGGCGCACACAGCACUGGUCUCGACGCAAUUUCUGGCGCAAAACAACCUUCUAGUUCUUCACUGGACUGCCUUUUCACCAAUUAAGAAUUUGUGGGAUUACCUUGGGCACCGUCUUUCACGUCUCGCACAGAUGAAUACAGCCAGGGAACUAGAACUGCUCUGCAACGUGAAUGGAACAGGAUACCACUAUACGUUAUUCACAGACUUGUUGGGUCUAUGAGGAGACACUGUACGGUUGGCGUUGCUUCACAAGGCGGCCACACACGUUAUUGACUUUGCGUUUUGACCCCUCGUUUCAUUUCGGGACUUUUACCUGAAGCUCCGGACAUAAUGAAUUCCAACUACCAAAGAUGUUUGUUUAUAUGUCUGUCAAUGACAACUCUCGCUGCUGUAGCUUUCUAUUGGACAGUUAAUCCAGAUGUGGGUGUGUUCCAAAUCACAACUUUCAAUUCAACAAAAGUUAACACGUCCAUAAGAGAAACAUUCAUCCUCGAGGUCUCUCAAAAGCAUCCCCUCGUACUUCGUAGACGAAAUGUGGUCAUCACUUCAGCAGAUUCUCCUCAUGCAACUAAACGCAUUGUGUGGAUGAACGUCCCACCCUGGUACAAGACAGUUACAUCUUUCGCCCACUGUUACGUUCGUUCGUGUGAAAUAAGUACAGACGAGGCACAUAUUUCAUCAGCUGAUGCUGUGGUUGUCAAUGGUGUUAAUUUGCCUUCAUCAAAACACCCAAACACGGACAUGAACCAGGUGUGGAUUAUGUAUGGAUGGGAAGCACCUCCCCACUAUUCAACUAACACGAUUUUCCGUCCUGACUGGAAUGGACGUUUUAACUGGACAUUGACAUACCGACUGGAUUCGGAUAUACCAUUUCCUUACAAUAGGAUAGUGUACACUGGAGGCAGUGUGAAUAUAAGUGAUGUUGUGAGACGGAAAAGCCGAUCUAUUGCUUGGUUUGUAAGCAACUGUCGUACACCCUCAAAGAGGGAAGUGUAUGUUCGAGAACUGCGGAAACAUAUUGAUGUCGACAUUUAUGGCGCCUGCAGAAAUACUAAGAGUUAUGACUGUCCAAAAGGAAGGUCCUUCGAGUGUCUUGGUCUGUUAAACACCACGUAUAGAUUUUAUCUUUCGUUUGAAAAUUCCCUAUGUAAAGACUACAUCACAGAGAAGUUCUACAACACGUUCAUGACUUCAGCUAUUCCCAUCGUUCGUGGAGGCGCUGACUAUGAACGUCUUCUGCCAGAAGGAACCUUCAUCAACACAGCAUCAUUUGACAGUCCAAAGAGUUUGGCGAACUAUAUCCGAUAUUUGGAGAGGAAUGAGACAGCUAUGGGGGCAAUUUUAGAAAAGAAGCACAAGUAUGAAUACAUUAUUUCAGAAGGAACAGAUUUUGAUUGGAGGUGUCAGCUGUGUGCCAAGUUACAUGGAAAUACUACUAGAAAAUCUCACACAGAUAUGAAACAAUGGCUUAAGGACGGAAAGUGCAUAGAACAGCCAAAAGAUCUGCCGUAGUGCUUGGGAAUGUAAAAACGUGUCAUAAUCAUUGAAGAUCAAUACAAGAUUUGCACACGAGGUAGUUGGAAUCCCUAGUUGAUUCUUGUAUUACACUUGUUAAAGAACUAACUCUAUGUUUGCUCUCUCUGUGUGCUCUUCAAUACACGUGUUCAAGAUCCAGAUGUUGCAUGUGUCAAUACAGGUGUUUGUGCUGAUUGUGAUGCUGAUGGUCACGCUGGAGGCUUGUGUUGAUACAAAUGCCAAUAUAAAUAUUGAUGUUUAUGACUGUACGAACCGAACACUUUAAUUCUAAUGUUUCAAAUUAUUGAAAAUGUAUGUUACUGAUAAUAUAAAACACUUUGGUGCAUUCUU